AUGUACAAUAAUAAUAAUAAUAACUAUAAUAAUUAUAAUAGUUCUGGUUAUGGCAAUAAUAAUACUAAUAAUAAUUAUAAUAGAAUUGGAUAUGUUGGACUUGAUUCUUGUAUAGGUCAACCUGAUCAUGUAAUUGAUAUAAUUAGUAAAGGUCCACCACAACCAAAUCCACAAGAUUAUCAAACUACAACAAAGAACAUCCAACUUAUUACCGAUGCCACUCUAACACUAAACAAGUUAGUCCAACUCCUUGGCACAAACAAAGAUACUUUGGAGAUUAGACAACAAAUUCGAUCAUGUGUAGAGUUAACAACUAAAUUGAUAUCAACAAGUACGUUGAUUAUUAGAUCUUUGACUGUUGCUGGUAAUAGGUCACAAGAUCAAAGAACUAAACUUCAAUAUCAAAAGUUGAUUAAAGAGUACCAAACUUCGGUUCAACAAUUCAAGGACCAAGCUCAAUCCGCCAUCAAGAAGGAGAAGGCUACACCCUUGCCUCAAGCACCAUCUCCUCACCUUCAACAACAACAUCAACAACUAGGUCUAACAAGGACAACAAGUGGUGACUACCAAGUGUACAAUAGCCAACUACCUCAACAACAACCAUUAUAUUACUUCAACAAUAAUGAUAGUCAAACUCAGAGUUUGACAGAGGACAGUAGAAGACAACAAAUGUUACAGAUGCAACAAUUGGAAUAUGAUAUGGAGUAUCAUAACAAGGUGAUUCAAGAGCGUGAUGAGGGUAUUCGUAAGAUUKGAGAAAUCAUUGAU